AUGUCCACCCUCAGCACGCCCCUCUCCGUGGCCAGCCGCCUGCGCUUCGCCCUGUACGCCAACAUCGGCCUCCGGGGGUCGGUGCGCACGCUGGCCUACCAGGAUGCGCUGAAGCUUGGCGCCUCUUCCGAGGGGCGCGAAAUCAUCGAGCGCCUGGAGGAGGUGUCUCUGCGCAUUGACCGGGCCCUCUUCGAGUUCGAGCGCUCGCCAAACAAGUACCCCGGGCCUUUCCAGCAGAAGAUGAAGCGCCUGCAGGACAUGUACUCCGAGCUGACGCCGGAUGAUCUGGGCUUCUACACCCUGACGCUCAAGGAGCCGCGCAGCCUGACCAUCGGCCAUCCGCUUCUCCGCCAGCGCAGCCUCCCGGUGGAUACGACCUUCUACCAGUCGGAGGACAUGGUGCGUGCGGUGCACGCCAUGAAAUUCAAGCUCGACUACGACAUGGAGGACUUCCACUUGACCGCCAUCUCGGCCGUGCAGGUGGGCAUGCCGAUUCGGUGCUUCCACAUCAACUAUCACAACAGCCGCCAGAACCUGGAGCUCCCGGUCUUCCACGAGCGCCUGAUCAAGCCCCUGUCCCUGAAGGAGACCGGGCCCCUGGGCGGCGGCCCCUCUGCCUCCUCCCGGCGGACCUCCAUCACUCCGCGCAAUUCCCCGGCUCGCAUCGAGCCGGUCUUCCUGCUGAACCCCACCGUCACGCCGACCUCCCUGACGCAUGUCACCUACAACAUUGAGGGCUGCCUCUCGGUUCCCGGCAUGGCGGCCAUGGUGGCCCGGCCGGAUGCCGUGCGUCUGGACGCCGUCAACUUGGACCUGGUCCCGGUGUCGGCCACCCUGACGGGUCUCCCCGCGGCGGUUGUGUGCCACGAGAUCGACCAUAUGGAUGGCAUUCUCUUCACCGACCGCGCGGCCCUGCCCACCAUGCGUACAAUGGAGAACAUCCUCAACCCGAUGCCCUCGAAGUUCUAA